AUGGUUGAUGCCCGACUAAAUUUCAAACAGCACGCUGAGCACUUGAGUAUCAAGGCAUCUGGAGUCAAAUCCAGCCUAUCGCGCCUCAUGCCCAACAUAGGAGGUCCGAAACAGAGAAGACGAGCAUUACUGUCGUCGGUGAUCACGUCAGUGCUCACCUACGGCAUUUCCAUCAGGGUUAAUGCAUUGCAGUUGCAGAAAGUACGACGAAAGGUUGCACCAGUCUAUCGACUCAGUGCUCUGCGAGUUGCGAGCGCUUACCGUACGGUAUCGGAGGACGCAGAAAUCGGAAGCACUGAUCGUAGUAGAACUCAAUGCAGAAGAGAGGCGGAAGAAUCUGCAGCACUGGCAGCUGAAGUGCGAUACCUCUACCAAAGGGAGAUGGACCCACCGUCUGAUCCCUCAGGAGUCGACGCGGAUUUAGAGCAUGUGUUCUUCAGAUGCCCCCGUUUCAGUGAGAGCCGGCGCACUUGGGAAUCAGCACUCGAAAGGGAAGUCCUGCCUGAGAAUCUGGUGGAAGCUAUGCUGUCAUUGCAGACAGCCUGGGAUGCUACGAGCAACUUCGUGGCAGAAGUCAUGAAGGAGCUCAGGAGUGAGGAACGCAAGCGCAAGACUGCAGUAUAG